AUGGUCACUACUAAUAGUUGUUACUAUUCCAAGUACAACGGGAAUAUUUCUACUAUGUCUAAGCCAGUGUUAUAUUCUUACUGGCGAAGCUCCUGUUCUUGGAGAGUGAGAAUCGCUCUCAACCUAAAAGAAAUACCAUAUGAUAUAAAAGCUGUUAGCUUAAUCAAGGGUGGUGGGGAGCAGCAUUGCAAUGAAUAUCGGGAGGUGAAUCCUAUGGAACAAGUACCAUCAUUAGUGAUAGAUGGACACACAUUUAUAGAAUCACUUAGUAUUAUGCAUUAUUUAGAAGAAACAAGACCUCAAAGACCACUUAUGCCCCAAGAUUGUUAUAAGAGAGCAAAAGUCCGGGAGAUUUGCGAGGUAAUAGCAUCAGGCAUCCAACCUCUUCAGAACUUGAUUGUUCUAAUCUAUGUCGGAGAGGAGAAGAAGAAGGAAUGGGCUCAACAUUGGAUCAUGAGAGGUUUCCGAGCAGUUGAGAAACUGCUGUCAUCGUGUGCAGGAAAAUACUGUGUUGGUGAUGAAAUAACUUUAGCUGACUGCUGUCUUGUACCACAAGUAUUUAAUGCAAGAAGAUUUCACGUCGACCUACGUCCGUUUCCAAUAAUUUUACGUAUCGACCGUGAACUAGAAAAUCACCCGGCGUUCCGCGCCGCUCAUCCUUCAUCUCAGCCAGACUGUCCGCCCGAAGUUGCUAAAUGAAAUGAAUGUUGCCAACUUGAAAAACUGCCGUGGAUGUACAUACCCAAACUUUUGUAACAGUAAACAUUGAAUUUAAAUAUAGAUAUAGUUUGUUUAAUAACAGGGGUGUAGGUAGGUCAGGGGUUUUUGAAGGGGAUUUUGAAUUAUAUUCUUAUAAUUAUAUUAAACUUACGAGUGAUUCACUG